GCUUCCUAUUGGUUGGAGGGCGAGUCGCCGUGUGGCGGCUGCGGCGGCGGCGGCUCUGAGGUAAAAAUGUCGACCCCCGACGGCAAGAAGUUGGUGCGUUCUCCGAGCGGGCUCCGGAUGGUCCCCGAAAGCCGGGCUGCGCGGAGCCCAUUCGGGCUGGAGGAGCCGCCCUGGGUUCCCGAUAAGGAGUGUCCCAGAUGCAUGCAGUGCAGUACAAAAUUUGACUUCAUAACCAGAAAGCACCACUGCAGAAGAUGUGGAAAGUGCUUUUGUGACAAAUGCUGCAGCAAGAAAGUGCCUCUGCCCCGUAUGUGCUUUGUUGAUCCUGUGCGUCAGUGCGCUGAAUGUGCGCUGGUUUCUCAAAAAGAAGCUGAAUUUUAUGACAAACAGCUCAAAGUACUGAUGAAUGGUGCUACAUUCUAUGUAACUCCAGGAACAACAGAAAAGGCAGAGACGAUGGUCUGUCGACUUUCGAACAAUCAGAGAUACCUAUUUCUGGAUGGAGAGAGCCAUUACGAAAUUGAAAUUGCACAGAUUUCAACUGUUCAGAUACUUACAGAGGGAUUUACUCCUGGAGAAAAAGACAUUAAUACUUACACCAGCCUCUUGGAAAAUGAACACAUUAUGGAAGGAGGCAAUACUCGUGCUACAGGUAUGCUGCUUCAGUACAAGAAACCGGGAUCAGAGGAACUCAAACAGAUUAAAUUUACAGCUGGUGAAGAUUUCAAUUCCAACAAGAAGCUGUCUGCUACCUGGCUUGCAGCAAUGCAUAAGGCUGCAAAACUGCUUUAUGAAUCUAGGGACCAAUAACAGCUUCUCUGACUUGAGGUGGAAAGAUCAGCUCUCAGAAUAAGCAUACUUAUUCCUUGCCAGUUGAAACAUGGUAACAAGUUCUUGGUCAUAGGGAUCCACUUUCCCUCCCAAACUUCCUUCCUCUCCUAAAUGUGGUCUAUCAUGUGGGCACUGGCCAAUUACAAUGUGAAUAUUUGACCUAUAAAGUAUUCACUUAUUUAGUGUGCAAUAUGUAUACAGUUUAUUAAUGCUUUAAAUAGAGCCUUGCAUCUAUGACUUUAUUUUGUUAAAUCUUGUCUGCACUUAAUAUGUAAAAUGGAGUGUGACCUGCACUACGGCUAAAUGUAUAGCACAACUUUUGUAGUACGGAUUAUGUAUACUGUGUUUAAAGGGGGGAGAGACUUUGAUGCUCCAGAGAAUAGCUUUUUCAGGCGUGUAGAUCUCAGGUUCCUUUGCUCCUCAUAUCCAAAAUAAUCUAAAUCUGAUCUUAGCCAAAAGGCCAAGAAGUGGAGAUCUUUGUGAAAUCUGCCUUAGGUAUCAUUUUAUAGAAGCCACUCUUUCUCUGAUGGUGAGGAGUUUGUAUCAAUGAAACUAAACACUUUUUGUAAAGUAUUAUUUACCAAAUACCACAAACUGUUAUGUGUAAAGUUGAUCUUUUUGAAUGAAGCUUCCAGAAAGACAGAUUUUUGAAGUUUUUAUAUUCAUGCUUUGUGGUAAUUCUAGCUUUGGCUAAUAAAAACUUAUUAAACUUA